GGUUCAGGGAGUAUUGGCUCAGUUUAUAAAGGGAUUCUUGAUGACGAGAUGCCUAUUGCAGUGAAGGUAUUUAACCAAUCAGAUGUUGCGUUUAAGAGUUUUGAUGUUGAGUGUGAAGUGUUAAAGAAUUUGCGCCAUCGAAAUCUUACUAAGGUGAUUACCGGUUGCUUUGUUGACAACUUUAAGGCUUUGGUCCUUGAGUACAUGCCCAACGGAAGUCUUGACCAAUGGUUGCAUUCACAAAGUAACUUCCUAGAUAUUGUUCAAAGAAUAAAUAUAAUGAUUGAUGUUGCAUAUGCUUUAGAGUAUCUUCAUCAUGGUUACACAACACCUGUGGUUCAUUGUGAUUUAAAGCCUGCUAAUGUGUUAUUAGAUGAAGAAAUGGUUGCCCAUGUAAGUGAUUUUAGUGUGACAAAGUUGUUAACCGAGGAAGAGAGCUUCACUCAAACAGAAACUCUAGCAACAUUGGGUUACAUGGCACCAGAGUAUGGAUUGACGGGAAUGGUAUCAACACAAUGCGACAUUUACAGCUUUGGAAUUGUGUUGAUGGAAACAUUUUCAAGAAAAAGGCCCACGGAUGAAGUUUUCGGUGAAGAUAUGAGCUUGAGAAGUUGGAUAAGGGAUUCUUUACCUCAUCAUGUACUUCAAGUUGUAGAUCCCAACUUACUGGGGGAAGAGGAUAGAGACUUCACUGUGAAAUUACAGUGUGUAUCCUCUAUAUUGGAACUGGCAUUGAAUUGUGCUAUGGAGUCACCAGAAAAGCGGUUAAAUAUGACAGAAAUCGUAGCAAAGCUGAAUGGAAUCAAACAUCAGUUUUUACGAGGUGGUUCUGUGACCUCAACACUUGGUAAUGUGUUUCUUGAAACUAUUUUAAGUGAAAAUCUUCAUUAUGUGGUUUCUAAAUUGUAACUUUUUACUGUUUGCAGAUCAAAGUGCUCAAAGUUAGACGAGGAAAUGAAGGUAAU